CAAACAGUAGUCGCUAUGUUGGCACACUGCACUCAAAAUGAGUACCAGUAUUCCCCUGGUCAUCAAAGCCAAAUUAUUUCAGAGAUGACGGUGGAGUGAUCUUAAUCAGCCAUCUGGACUCAGUCAUCACCAUCCGACUGUCGUCCAGGUCAGUUAUAGUCAAAAGUCCAAGUUACGACGAAAGUUCAACUAUGACGCAACUAGUUCCUAACCCUAAAUUGGACACUUACUGGGGAGAGUAGACAGAAAAUCAAAUUGUCUCAAACUGCAGCUACAAACACUUUUUUCCAAUUUCCAUCAUCACCAAAGCUCCGCAGGAGGUUCUACGGCUACUAUUGUUACAGUUGGAUUUUUAUUCUUGCACGCCAUUGAAACACUGAUGCUCAGCAUACAACUGAAAGUUAAAGGAAAAGGGCUUAAUAUGUAUCAUAGUUGCUGUCAGAGUAUUAUAACGUUCAAGUGUCAUGUUACUUGUCAUAGUCACGCGGAAGGAUCUGCUGACAGUGCUGUUACAGUGCGUCGUCCCGUUGGGGAGGCGGAAAAAGACUGGAUUUUUGGUGAAAAUGUUCUCCUGACCGUGCAGGGCAUCCUCACAAAAUUAACUGUUUAUGGAGUGUAAGAUGGAAACAGACGAAAUUGAAGAACCUCCACGUACUAACCAUCUUCUGCAAUGGAGCCAGUGGCAACUUAUAGACUCCAUUCUUCCCACAGGGGGCUUUGCUCACUCAUUUGGUCUUGAAGCCGCUAUGCAAGCUCAGACCGUUAUGGGGCCCGAAGAUCUUAAAACGUUUGUAAUACACUUGCUGGAGAACACAGGUAGCCUCCUUCUUCCAUUUGUAUAUGAAGCAAAUAAAUCCCCCAACUUAGAUACAUGGACCAAGCUUAAUAGAACACUGGAAGCAACCCUGACAAAUGAAGUUAGUAAAAAAGCGUCAAUUUCUCAAGGAUCGGCGCUAUUAAGAGUAGCUGCAUCAGUUUUCCCAGAAGUUCCAUCAUUGAAAACCAUGAGAGAUAAAUUACUAGGUUCAGGAACUGUAUCUUUUCACCAUGCACCUGUCUUUGGUCUCACAUGUGGCCUUUUAGGGUUCGAUAGUGGGACUUCUCAGAGGGCUUAUGUGUUUAUGACAAUGAGAGAUGUGUUAUCUGCGGCAACAAGGUUAAAUUUGGUUGGACCCUUGGGUGCAGCUGCAUUGCAGCAUCAGAUUGCUUAUGUUGCUGAAGAAAUUGUUAGGAAAUGGAUGGAUAGUCCUAUUGAAGAAGCAUGCCAAACAUCUCCUUUGCUUGACACAGUCCAGGGAUGUCAUGGGUAUUUGUUCUCGAGAUUGUUUUGCUCUUGAAAAACUCUGCCCUUCAGUAUAUCAUUUUCAUUUGGCCAACAAAUGAACCUGAUUCAUGAACAUGUAAAUAGGUUUUGUUAUAUUUUACCGUCAGCCCUUCUUUGGCCCACAAAUCAACCUGAUUCACGAUUCAGAUGAUAUUUUACAUCAGUGUUACAUUUUCUGAAUGUCUCCAA